CACCGGUGUCAUUGGAUGGAGAGGGGUGCCUGAACGCAGGGAGAGCGGUGGAGUUGGUCUGCCCCUCUCCUCCUCCUCCUCCUCUCCUCCACCUCCUCGCUCCUUCCUCCCUCACUGCACCAAAAGAAAAGUCCGGGCUGGCUGCUGCACCAUGUCCUCAGCUCAGAGUGGGGAUAUAUCCAGCUACCAUCUGAGUGUGGUGCGUGACCCACCCGGCUGGGAGGUGGGCAUCUACCUGGUGGGGUUCUUUGUGCUGCUGGCGGCAGCUGGGCUCAACAUCUGGAAGCUGUGGAAAUCUGGAAGCUUCCCCACGCCGUCCCCCUUCCCCAACUUCGACUAUCGAUAUCUGCAAGAAAAAUAUGGAACCUCCUUCUCCGAAGUCAGACAGAAGAGAGCGGCCGCCAACAACCACCGCCGCACCUCCACCACCUCCAGCCGGAAGCCCAGCCUGGCCCUCGGCGACACCCCCGACGGCUUCAGGGACCUGGGCCACCUGGAGCUGAUGAGCAGGGAGCUGGACCCCACGGGCAGCGCCCAGCUCCACCGCUCAGUGUCCACCGACUCGCUCAGCUCCAUCUCCUCCAUCGCCAACAACUUCGGCCAUGACUACAUGGUGGGGCAGCUGGAGGUGACGCUGGAGUUCGAGGCGUCCAGGCACCGCGGCCAGGGAACGCUGCACGUGACUCUGCACCAGGGCAAAGACCUGCUGGAGAAGGAGGAGGGAGACUUCCCCGGCUGCUUCAUCAGAGUCUCCCUGGGCCCAGAGGAGCUUAAUGUGGGAAUCACACGGGUCCAGACAAAUGCAUUCACCGUGAUCUUUGACGAGCGCUUCUCCAUCCCCACGGACUUGUCCGCUCUGGAUGAGUACAGCCUGCGCUUUGCCGCCUUCGGCAUCGAUGCAGACGAGAGAAACAUCAGCGCCGGCGUGGCAGAGCUCAAGCUGUCAGACCUGGACCUGACCAUCAGACCCUUCAACGCCUGGCUCUACCUUCAAGACGUCAAUAAGGCCGUGGAUGCGGUCGGGGAGAUCCUGCUGUCCCUCAGCUACCUGCCGACGGCCGAGCGACUCACCGUGGUCGUGGCCAAGUGUAAGAACCUGGUGUGGACGAACGGAAAGAACACUGCAGAUCCGUUUGUUAAAGUUUAUCUCCUGCAAGACGGCAGGAAGAUCAGUAAAAAGAAGACGUCCACCAAAAGGGACGACACAAACCCGAUCUUCAACGAGGCCAUGAUAUUCUCGGUGCCGUCCAUCGUCCUGCAGGAGCUCUCCCUCAGGGUGACGGUGGCCGAGGCCACGGACGACGGCCGCGGCGAGAACCUGGGCCACGUCAUCAUCGGCCCCGAGGCCAGUGGCAUGGGCAUCACCCACUGGAACCAGAUGCUGGCCACGCUGAGGAAACCCGUGUCCAUGUGGCACCCCCUGCGCAGGAUCUAGCCAUUCCUCUCCCUGUACAUACGCGACCUGUUUUUAGUGAAACACGCUUCCUCUCGUUCCUUUCGGCCGCGCCGUCAUCUGUUUCAGGAAGAUAAGAGUUUGCACCGUUGAUCGCCGGUCGGAUAGUGUGUGUGGUUCUGUACUGCAGGAAUCUGAAAGGCCUGACCUCUGUUGACCCUGGAUUAAUAGUGUGUUUAUUACUUGGCUACAGGAUGACUGGUGCAUAAUGAGCUCGGGAAGGAGCCCAAAUCGCAAAUCACCCUCAUAAAGCAACUGUUCAAUCCUGUGCUCUGUAAAUUAGCAUCCAUCUCUUUUGGCUUGAAAGUCAGGCAUCGGAGGACACUCGGAUGUUUCUUCUCUUCUCCUAGGUUCUCAUCAGAAACGUGGACAUUUAAUUAAAAGAAGCCCAGCCUUAUUGGAUGUGACCCCCCCUGCAUGGUGCCUAUGCUGGUGGUAGCUGUCUAGAAAGUGACCGACUGGAUGCAGGGGUGAAAUCUCUUCUCUUUCAGGAAAACACUCAUUUGUCUUUUCAUCCAGUCAUUGAUUGACACUUAAUGGAUUUUGUAGCAGCCGGGUAAAGUCAAGCUAGUUUCGCUUGUGCAAUUUGUUAAGGAUGGGAGUGACGCAUUAUAGAGGCUUCGGUAUGUUGAGUAUUUAUUGUGCUUUUGAAAGGAAUGAUAUCCAGGUUCCUCUUAUCCAGGUGAAAUAAUUGUAAUUUGUAGCAGUUGUUGCAGGGUGGUCACAUUAGCUGUAUCGGCAUAAACUUCAUCUUACAUCACUCGUUCUGAUUGAUGCAAUACAGGUUGCAGCAUAUUUAAAAGUGUACAGUCAGAGUCUGGGUGCAGAUCAUUUCCUCCAUAGUAAUACACCCAAAGUUCGAUCUAACAUUAUUACUGUUGCAGCUUAUUAUUAAAACACCUCUGGGAACUAAACGUGUGAUGUAAAAUGUACUAACCACUUUAAAUGGGUUUACAGUUUAUUUUAUGUUAGAGGAAACAUCUUGAUAUUCUGUUUGUCCCAAGCUCUUCAGCACUUGUCAUUGAGCUGCUUUUUUCUGGCUGACACCAGUUAUAGCCACUUUGCAGCUUCAGGUGUGAGUUAUUGUCACGCUAACAAGUUGUGUUUUUAGUUAAGAGAGAGUCAAUCUGACAGGAGUCUUUUAAAUAUCAGAAUGUCAAGGUGGUUUAAUUCUAUCUUCAACAUUGUGCAAUAGUGCUGUUUUGUUGUAACUUUUGAAUGUUAACUAUCAUGUAAAAUAUGUGCAAACUCGAAAAGCAUCAUCAGCCAUUGGCAUUGUAAUGUUUUUGUUUGUUUUAUUUACAGGACAUCCUCUACAUUUCUCACUUCACUUCAAAACAAUAACACACCGAUGGUCAUUUAAAAGACAAUAUUUCUACUGUGCCAAACAACAAAGCAAUAUUUUCAUUUGAAAACAGCAUUUGCAUUCAGUUCAACCAAACUGUAGCCUACAUUCAAUCAUGCAUGAAGUUAUUUAGCACUUGAUGUGAAUGUGCCUCAAGAUUACAGUGUAUUGUGUGAAUGCUGUUUGAAAUAAAAGCAAUUCAACAGUGA